GAAGAAGAAGAAGGAAUAAGAAAAGAAGAAGAAGAGUAUUUUUGAAUGUUUGAUACCGAGAGGCAAGUACUCAUAGGUAUAUGAAGGAUAAGUAAUUACUGUCAUAUAGUGCUGUCUACAAUUUUACAGCAACAUAAUGGACACCAGCCCAUACCAUUAGACCACAGUGAUUUUGCCUGAUGACAUCCAAGUCAGAGGCCCAGUUGGUGCCCCUGCCAUGGACAGAGAUCCUUACCUACUGGGUGCUGUCCUUGGGCUCCCAUCUGUACUCUUUCUACCAACUGCACAGGUUCUCCAAAGAGCAUGAAACAGGAUUAGAGAGAGAAUUCCAGUUGGAAAAAGGCCUUCUUAAGGGUUUUAAAAGGGACCCAGGUGACUUUGAGUGGAGUUUCUGGACUGAAUGGGCUAAAAAGUCUUUACUGUGGACACUGAUUGGUCAUGGUGUGAUAUCGAGACUGACCAGCAUCUUCUACCCCAAGCUUAGGGUGCCUGUAAUCACACUAUAUGGCCUCUUGGCAGCCAGCAGCGUAUUGGGGAUUAAUGGUGUGAGUGUGCUGCUUGGACAUUUGGGCGUGUCCUUUUCAGUGGCCCAGCUGCAAAAGCCUGCUCUGUCGUGGGCAUGUAACCUGCUGCUGCUCUCCACACUUCACAUCCAACCACUUCAAGAGAUUCAGAGAGGCUGGUAUAAGACUGAGGAGGAGUACUAUCUGCUGCUCUUCAGUGUUGCUGUCUGUGGUCUGCGCUUCAUCAGCUUCAGCCUGGAGCACUGCUGGUGUCCCCUGGACCGCAGUGGAAUUAUGCAGCUUUGUUGGUUGUUUUCAUACACCUUCUAUCAUCCUUUUUUCUACAAUGGACCCAUUAUCACUUACAGAGACUACAUUGAAAAGAUGCGAAGGCCUGCUGAGGAGAGUGAAAGGGGUGAAUUUGGUUUUCGUUACUUGGUGCUCAGAGCAGGACGGAUCAUACUGUGGUGGUGCCUUGCAGAAUACAUGAUCCAUGUAAUGUACAUGCACUCCAUCCAGUCUAAUCAGACCUACUUAGAAAUUCUUCCUCCUUGGGCCUUGGGUGGUCUGGCCCUGGCCCUCGUCCAGUUCUUCUAUGUGAAGUACCUGGUGCUGUUUGGCCUCCCAUCCAUGCUAGCUACUUUGGAUAAACUAGUUCCCCCUAAGCUUCCUCGCUGUGUCAGCAUCAUGUACAGUUUCACAGGGAUGUGGCGGCACUUUGAUGAGGGGCUGUAUCGAUGGCUCAUCAGAUACAUCUACGUGCCACUGGGAGGUUCACGGCACGGCCCUCUUUAUAAGCUCUUAUCCACUGGCCUUGCGUUUGGAUUUGUCUGCCUCUGGCACGGAGGCCACGACUACUUACAGUACUGGGCCCUGAUGAACUGGGCUGGAGUUCUGGUGGAAAACGGACUGAAGUCUCUCCUUGCUGCUUCGUUUAUUCACUCCAUUGUUGAGCAGAAUUUCUCUGCAGUGAUGAAGAGGCGUUGCAUUGCCUUUCUCUCUGCCUUCUCUACUGCCAUGCUCAUCCUCUCUAAUCUAGUGUUCCUCGGUGGGAUACAUGUUGGUGAAGUCUUCUGGAAGCGGGUCUUCAUUCAAGGCUGGUCUACUAUGGCCCCUCCUAUGCUGGCGUUUCUAUACUGCUUUGCUCAGAUUGGACUUGAGUGGACUUCUCACCCACCAUGAGUCACCUUGACUUGGUAUCGGAGUGAGAACCCCUGCUACUGGAGGGCCAGAACAGCCUGCUGAGUCCAGCACCUUAUCUUCACCAGCCAGAGUCUCUGUGGCGAAGCUGGCUCGAAGCCACUGAACUGGUCCAAACCUGGCUGAAGUGAAGCUGAGCAGCCACUUUCCACAACCUGCAAGACUGGGCAAAAUCUGUCAGAGGUAAGACUUAAAAGGAUCAGUGCUCACUCUUUCUAAGCAGAAGGUUUUCCCUCUACUUUGUGUGCACUUAAAUUGUCAACAAACUGUAAGAGAAUUUUUCUAACAGUGCUGUAAUUUCAAAGAAAUGUCUAAUAGCAGCCUUUGCUGUGUUGAAGGCACGUUUUCUACCCAAUAAGCUACAGUGAAUCACUGUUCUUUUUUUCACCUGUACACUGAGAAACUGAUUCAAGCCUUUUUCAAAAUCAAGUCAGAACUCCUGGAAAUUGUCAACUUUUCAGGAAGUAUUAAAAACAGCCUUUUUUAAUCUUUUGAAGGAGCUCUGAAUAAUUUUAAAGGUAUUAAAGUAUUGUGUAAUCUAGACUCUGUUGUUCUGGUUCCAUUAGUUCCUUGGGAUUAUUACAUCUGUGGCACUAAGUAGGAUCAGUGUGAGUGGGGUUCAGUGAGGAAUCCUCUUAAAUGAGCACAAAACUCUGAGGUUUAUCUGUUGUAAGAAGAUCAGCAGGAGAAAACACCUGCUGAGUUACACCUUCUUAGAGAAGUGCCCUUAUCCUUAGCAGGGAGCUGAAACACAAAGCCUGACAUUUCUCAGCACAGAAUGGAUGCAGACAUGGUACAGUAUGUAUAAAAUAUUUAUUAUGAAUAUUACAGUAUGUCACAAUUCAUAAAUAGUUCCCAUUGUGCUUGAAAGUGAAAUUUCUCAUCACGUGACAUGUGACCACGGAGUGCAUAUUACAUAAACUUUACAGCAAAUUCACACUUCUCUUUAUUAAGAAUCUAAACAUUGCAAUAUAAUUUCUGCAUAUACAGUACAGUGUAAUGUGUGUAGGGUUUUAUAGCUAGGCAGCUUUCUAGAGCUGACCACAAAAAUAGCUCUGUGUUAAAUGUUGUUUUUCUCACUGCAAGGAGUAUGGGGCAAUAUUAUGAAGGCACAGUGUUGCAUGCUUCUCAGGAGAAAUAAAAGGUAAGAACAGGGAUAAUAUUAGGGUUAAUGUAAUGAAAAGGCAGCGCAGUUCUGUAAAAGUCCUCGGUAGCUUUUCCAUUUAUUUCACGGUUUAUGUUACAGCACAGAACUGCACAUGCCUUUAUAGGAUGAAUUUUAGAGUGCAUCUACAUCUCAUUUU